UAAAACUAUUACAAUUUCAUAUACUUACUUACAACAAUCAAAAGAAAAAUUAAAAAAAAGAGGAGCGAUGUCAAAGUUGAGUUUUCUCAAAAGCUAUGGCCUCAACCUCUCAAGAAAAACCUCUCUAACUAAAACAACGAGCCAAACAAGCCCUUCUAACAAGAUUACAAAAACACCAAACUCCAACAAAUCCAAAACCUUUCAAGCAAACAUCCAAGAAAUGAAGAUGGUUUUCGAAACUUAUGAUAGGAACAAGGAUGGAAAGAUCUCUAAGGAGGAAUACAAGGCUAUGUUGAGGGCCACCACCGGCAAGGGUAUUAUGGUCAAUUCAGACGUGGAGGCCGCCAAGGCGUUCCGAGUGGCCGAUAAAGAUGGAGAUGGGUUUAUUGACUUCAAAGAGUUCAUGGAGUUGCAUAACAAUAAGGUUAAGUCUAAGGAUAUUGAGAGUGCAUUUCGAGUGUUUGAUUCGGAUGGUGAUGGCAAAAUAAGUGCUAAGGAGUUGAUGGAAGUGUUAAAGAGGAUGGGCCAGAAUUAUAGUUUACAGUCUUGUAAGCAGAUGAUUAGAGAGGUCGAUAAUAAUGGAGAUGGCUUGAUUAAUUUGGCUGAAUUUACUACCAUGAUGACUACCACCAUGGCCAUCAAGUUUGGCAUCACUUAAAAUACUACUACGUACUUUAAGGGCAUGUUUGGAUUGAGGGUAAUAAAUUAAGGGGGUAAUAAACGUCAAACUAAAAAAAAUAAGGUAAUUGAAGCUGAUUAUAAUGGGAUUAAGUGGUAGCAGAUAAAUAAACUAGUGUUGACAAGAAUAAAAGAAAAGGAAAGAGGGGAACAAGUACCCUCGUUAUAGUUACUCACUAUCUUACUAGGGUGAUUAUUACCCUCAUUUGGGGUAAUUACUUCCCCCUUUCCUUCCUUCUCCUCACAACACCACCACUAUCACAACUUCUUAUCACAAUAUACCACUACACCACUAUCUUUGCAACCACCUCAAUUCACCUUCAUUUUUCAUUUAUUAUUAAGGUGGUUUGACUUUUAUCACCCAAAUAAUCUAUUACACUCGAUUCAAGCAUGCCCUAAUAGCAUAUAAUUUAACCUGCUUUGUUCUCUCCUCCCUCCUUUUCUCCGUAGGGGUUUACACAUCUCAAGGUUUUCUAGACCGGAAGCAACCAGAGUUCUUCGGAAAUUUGGCUAUUUUCGACCCUUUUGUUUUAAUGUUUUUGUCGCCAGAUUCAAUAAAACUACAUUGUUCGAGUGUAGAAAGUUCCUUUGUGGUGCAAUUAGUUAAGUAUUUGAGUUUAGUAUAUUUUGGUGGAAUAUUGUCGUGAAUUUGGUUUAUGAAUAAAAAAUUAUGCAAUAUCGCAACAGUUAUCAA